CGCUCAUUGCGCAGGGACAAUGACAUGUUCUACUCUGGAGCUCUCAGCCAAUCAGAGAGCGUCAACAUUUAAAGGGCUAUUAAGAAACGGGCAAAACGGCGGAGUGCGGAGCCCGCAUCUCAUUUCUUUCCUGUUGUUCACUGCUUACGAGUUACGACACAAUAACUGCUUCCACUGGACUUUCUUGAAGACGAGAUUGGAAUGCUACUUUUUUCCAGCAGACAUCAGGACAUGUGUGAUUGUGUGGACGCGCUCCGUUAUCCGCUGCACUUGUUGCUCUGAGAAGAACAGGCUGAAUCUAACGGACUGAAGAGACAUACACCGCUACCGCUCAAACAUACGAGUUAUUCGGCGUGUUUUCAUUUCGCAGGUAGGCAGUUUGUUUAGGAGAUCAACUCUGUGGUGGAUUAUUUACAAUCAUACGCUUAUAUUAAAUUAGUUAGCUACUUUAUUUUAUUAGCCGUUAUUUUCGAAUAUUCAAGCGUGUCUGUCUGUCGUUCACAGAUCUGCUCUUUCUAAACUCGCGAUCAAGAUGCCGGUGUUAAUGAGUCCUGAAAUAGCGAAUAAAUUCAAAGAGAAAUGGCUGAUGCUUCAUCCGGAGGAUCAGGAUAAUGUCAGCGGCUCUGUGCACUUUGACGACAGUCUCACUAGUCUGCACUGGCUGCAGAACUUCUCCAUCCUCAGUGCCAACCCCGAGAGGACUCCCAGCUCCGGCUGCCACCCGCAACACCUCUUUUACUACAAAAACCAGCUGGGGGGUACCGACUCGCCCUCCAGUCCACCUGCCGGAGAUACCGCCGCCACAGGGAUGCCACAGACACCUGGGAAUCCCACAACGUCCUGCAGCAGUUUGGCCAAUCCAUACGCGCUUCAGCAAGCCGGACACUACAUAACGGGGCAAACAAACCCGGCUGAGGAGAUAGACUAUAAAACAAACCGCCACGUGAAGCCACCCUAUUCAUAUGCCACUCUGAUUUGCAUGGCAAUGCAAGCCAGCAACAAGACCAAAAUCACCCUGUCAGCCAUAUACAGCUGGAUCACCGAGAACUUCUGCUACUACAGAUACGCAGAGCCGAGCUGGCAGAACUCAAUCCGCCACAACUUGUCCCUGAACAAGUGCUUCAUGAAAGUGCCCAGGCAGAAAGACGAGCCAGGAAAAGGAGGCUUUUGGCAAAUCGACCCUCAGUACGCUGACAUGUUUGUGAAUGGCGUUUUCAAGAGACGGCGAAUGCCUGCCACAAACUUCAAUACCCAGAGACAAAGCAAAAUGCUUUCCUCCCCGAGCUCCUCGUACACCUCCCAGUGCAACCAACAAAUGGGCAUGGGCCACUUCCAAGGAAACAAACGCAAGCAAGUCUUCCCCAAACGCGGGAACAAGCUAGCCCGUAUCUCCAAGAGCCCUCUGUUAACCAGUGACAUCAAAACCUCAGACGUCCUGAGAGGAGACUUUGACCUGGCGUCGGUUUUCGAUGACGUCCUAAGUGGGAAUGACAGCACGUUUGAGGAUUUGGAUAUCAACACAGCUCUAAGCUCGCUAGGAUGCGAAAUGGAGCCGUCUUCCCAGAUCCACAACCAGUCUGGUUAUAGCAACGAGGAUGAGCAGGCUUGUGCUUACCUGGAGGCCAACGGCAUUAUUGGAUGCAACAUGGAGGACUUCCACCACCAGCAGCACCACCAGCAAGCACAGGUCCACCCGCAAUAUUACGAGGGGAUGUUCUCGGAUCAGCAGAAUCAACAACAUCCUUGGGAGAUUAAAGAGGAAGCCCAGCCAGUCCCUCUUUCGUUGGAUCACGGCUAUGCGUUUUGUGAGGGAUUCUUCUCAGAGAUGCAACUUUGGGAAAGAGGAGAGUCAUAUAUGUGAACGCAUGACAUAUACACGCACUGUCUUUGCUGGUCUGAAGAUCUACUGACUCUUGUUUUGCUACAUUAGCAUAAUGAAUUACAGAAGUUACCUGUAAUUAUUAUUCUUUGUACUUCUUUUUUGCAUUUUUUACCAGUUGGUUUAUAAUCACUAUUGAUCUUUUGAUUUUAUUGUCAUUUUUCUUAAGAUGAAUACACUUUGUUGACAAAUGUAGUUGUGUAGGAUAGUGGCAUUUUAUUCCUGUAUUGAUUAAUUGAUCUAAUAUAUUCAUUUUAGUUUACUUUAUAUUCUAGGCGAUGCUUUAUAUACAUACGUCUAACAUUAAAAACGAAAUACACUAUGACAUUUUUGAGGGAAAAGGGAUGCAACAAGCCGAAAGUGCUCCGCAAAAUCAAUUCCAGAGACAAAUAAACGCACAAGCACUUUGAAACAUAAGCUCAGUUUGUUGCCCUGCGAUUUAGCCUCAUCGUUUAUUUUCUCUCUUUAGUAAGGAUAUUCCACUGGAGAGUAAAGUGUCCCGUGAGAGCCCUCGUACGUUUCAGAAUGUAAUGCAUUAGUUUCAGAUUUACCAUGAAGUGUGGGUGGCCAUCUCACGACGCAGUGACUGUUCUAGAAGUGUACUUGUAUUGAUUCUUUGAGAAAUGGACUAAAACAUGCAACGUGAAACAAAAUAUAUUCUGUACUUGAAUAAAAAGAUCAAUCUGUACAA